AUGGCUCAAGCAGGCAUGGACAGAGGCCCUGCCGUUGAGAAGGACCCGACCACCUUGUUGGAGGAUGUGGAGCAAACGCCGACAAAGACGUCCUACGAUGUUGACUACGAGUCCGAGUUCACGGAGAAAGAGCAGAGGACAAUUAUCCACCGCAUCGACCGGCGUCUCGUCGUGACUGUCGGGGUCCUUUAUUGCAUUAGUCUAAUGGAUCGUACAAACUUGUCGGCAGCUGCCGUUGCUGGCAUGAACGCUGAGCUGAUGCUUACACUUCCCUUCCCAGCUGGGAGCACAGUCUCGCGGUACUCUGUCGUAACCCUCGUAUUUUUCACCACCUACAUAGUCUUCCAACCCCCGUCGACUGUACUUAUUCGAAAACUUGGCCCGCGCGUGCAUCUCUCUGUCAUUACCACUGCAUGGGGUGCAGUCAUGAUCGGUAUGGGUUUCGUCAAGGACUGGGAGUCUCUGGCUGGCCUAAGAGUAAUUCUCGGCAUCUUAGAGGCAGGAUUCUUCCCAUCUUGCGUCUAUCUUCUUUCGACCUGGUAUACCCGUUACGACAUUGGCAAACGGUAUUCCGUCUUCUACAUGCUCGGAAGUCUCGCAUCAGCAUGCGCGGGUAUCCUCGCUUACGGUCUUAUGCAAUUAGGCGGCCACGGAGGCUUGACCGGCUGGCGGUGGAUCUUCGUUAUUGAGGGAGCAUUGACCUGCGCUUUGGGUAUCGGCGCGUACUUCGCUCUCGUCGACUUCCCCGAUAGAGCUCACAAGAGCUGGAAAUUCUUGACUCAGCGCGAGGCCAAUUUCAUCAUCGCGCGAGUCGAUCGGGACCGUGGAGAUGCGAAGCCUCAGCCCUUUUCCGCUGGCAAGUUCUUCCGCGCGGCGCUGGACGUCAAGAUCUGGGGCUACGCUAUGAUCUUCCUGAACACCACCACCGUAACCUACGCGCUGGCCUAUUUCCUUCCCAUCAUUCUAAAUCAGAAGAUGAAAUUCUCAGUCGGAGCUUCGCAAUGCCUCGUCGCCCCUCCCUACGCCCUCGCCGCCAUCGUCAUGUACGCCACCGGUUGGGCAGGAGAUCGCUACAAAAUGCGCGGCCCCAUUAUCAUUUUCAACAUGGUCUUAUGCUUGAUCGGCCUACCCAUCAUGGGCUUUCACAAGAAAGCUUCAGUCCAGUAUUUCGGCGUCUUCCUCACCACUGCGGGCGCGAACAGCAACAUCCCAGCUGCGAUGUCGUACCAGGCGAACAACAUCCGUGGGCAGUGGAAGCGUGCGUUUUGCUCAGCAACCCUGGUUGGUUUCGGAGGUAUCGGUGGCAUCGCUGGAGGUCUUGUCUUUAGAGCACAGGAUGCGCCUGAUUAUAGACCAGGCAUCUACGCAUGCAUUGCGUGCUGCUUGUUAUCCAUUCUUAUUGUUGGGUUGUUGACAUUGCAAUUCGGGCGCGCGAAUGCGAAAGCGGAACGUGGCGAGGUCGAGCUCGAGUAUAAUGAUCUGAUUGUGAGCUUUGCGGAGAGCGAUUCUACGUCAAAAGCCCCGACGGUUGCUAGCACACCUACAGCGAAGGCUAUGACCAAGCAGGAGCGCUCCAAGAACCCGAACCAUGGGCCGUAUGCCACGGUGCUAGUGGAGAAGGCGAGAUUUGGGAAGGAAGCUGAGGAGAAGAAUAUGUCUAUCGACUGGGGGAGAGAGCAGAGUGCGAAGAGAACGUUUGAUAUAGAUUGGAAGAAGCUAGAGGAGCCGAAGUACAUGGAAGAUAAGGAGGUGAAAGAGAAGAAAGAGAAGAAAGAGAAGUAG